GAAAAGAAAGAGAGGAGAGACAUCCAGGUGGGACAAGACUCCUGAAGUUGAUUCAGAUGGAGCAACUCCAAUGACUUGGGAUGCUAUGUCGACCCCGACACCGAAACGUCAGAGAUCAUGGUGGGAUGAUUCAGAUGGUGCAACUCCUUGGGAUGCUGUGUCGACCCCGACACCGAAUCGUCAAGGGUCAAGAUGGGAUGAUUCAGAUGGUGCAACUCCAGCAGUUGUGACCCCAGUAGGAGGAGUCGGACUUGCUACCCCAACUCCCGGGGCUAUUAACUUUCUGAGUGAUGAACAACUAGACUCAAUGUUCCCUCAGGAAGGAUAUACAAUUUUAGAUCCUCCGAUCAGUUCAUAUGUUCCUAUCAGAACACCUGUUAGGAAACUAAUUGCCACGCCAACUCCCAUGGGAACUCCACUUUAUGCAAUCCCUGAAGAGAACAGGGGUCAGCAAUUCGAUCUUCCAAAAGAAUUGCCAGGUGGUUUGCCAUUCAUCAAGCCUGAAGAUUACCAGUACUUCGGAGCUCUGCUUAAUGAACAAGAGCAAGAAGAAAAACUGUCUCCUGAUGAGCAGAAAGGGCGGAAAAUCAUGAAAUUGUUGCUUAAGGUGAAGAAUGGAACACCUGCUCAGCGUAAAACGGCUUUCAGACAGCUUACUGAUAAGGCCCGGGAGUUUGGUGCAGGCCAAUUGUUUAGUCAAAUCCUCCCGCUUCUCAUGCAACCCGCGUUAGAAGAUCAGGAGAGACAUCUUUUGGUCAAGGUCAUUGACAGAGUAUUAUAUCAACUGGAUCACUUGGUACGUCCUUUUGUACACAAUAUCCUUGUGGUGAUUGAGCCUUUAUUAAUUGAUCAAGACUAUUAUGCUCGUGUGGAGGGAAGAGAAAUUAUAUCCAAUCUCAGCAAAGCAGCUGGCCUGCCCACAAUGAUUGCUGCAAUGCGUCCUGAUAUUGAUAACAUUGAUGAGUAUGUGAGGAACACCACCGCGAGAGCCUUCAGUGUUGUUGCUUCUGCACUAGGGAUACCUUCCAUUUUGCCAUUCUUAAAAGCUGUAUGUCAAAGUAAGAAGUCAUGGCAAGCUCGUCACACUGGUAUUAAGAUUGUUCAGCAAAUUGCUAUACUGAUAGGCUGUGCAGUUCUUCCUCAUUUGCGGUCUUUUGUAGGAAUUGUUGAACAUGGUCUAAAUGAUGAGAAUCAGAAGGUCAGAACUAUCACGGCCCUGUCUUUAGCAGCUCUUGCGGAGGCCUCUGCUCCGUAUGGUAUUGAGAGCUUUGACUCAGUUUUGAAGCCGUUAUGGAAGGGUAUUAGGUCACACCGUGGGAAAGUCUUGGCUGCUUUUCUGAAGGCAAUUGGUUUCAUCAUACCACUAAUGGAUGCAGUGUAUGCAAGUUACUAUACAAAAGAAGUCAUGAUUAUCUUGAUACGUGAGUUUCAGUCACCCGAUGAGGAAAUGAAGAAGAUUGUGUUAAAAGUGGUCAAGCAGUGUGUGAGCACUGAAGGUGUAGAGGCUGAUUAUAUUCGAAGUGAAAUAUUGCCUGAAUUUUUCCGCAAUUUUUGGGUUCGAAGGAUGGCCUUGGAUCGUAGAAAUUAUAAACAGCUUGUUGAGACUACUGCUCAACUAGGAAACAAAGUUGGAGUUGCUGAUAUUGUUGGAAGAAUAAUGGAGGACCUUAAAGAUGAGAGUGAACCGUAUAGGGAGAUGGUUAUGGAAACAAUCGAGAAGGUUUUAGCAGAGUUGGGUGCAUCUGAUAUUGAUGAUCGGUUGGAAGAGCUUUUAAUUGAUGGUACUCUUUAUGCAUUCCAAGAACAGACCGGUGCUGAUGCUCAUGUGAUGCUUAAUGGGUUCAGUGCAGUUGUGAAUUCCUUAGGGAAGAGGGUGAAGCCUUACCUUCCCCAGAUAUGUGGUACAAUCAAGUGGCGACUGAACAACAACAGUGCAAAGGUUAGACAGCAUGCAGCAGAUCUCAUCACACGGGUUGCAGUGGUCAUGAAACAAUGCCAGGAAGAGCAGCUUAUGGGACAUCUUGGGGUUGUUUUGUAUGAGCAUUUAGGAGAAGAAUAUCCUGAAGUGUUGGGAUCACUACUUGGAGCACUAAAAGCAAUUGUGAAUACUAUUGGUAUGUCUAAAAUGACUCCUCCAAUCAAAGAUUUGCUUCCGGGAUUGACCCCAAUAUUGAAGAAUAGGCAUGAGAAGGUUCAGGAGAACUGUAUUGAUCUUGUUGGUAGAAUUGCUGAUCGUGGAGCUGAGUUUAUUCCUGCAAGGGAGUGGGUGAGGAUAUGCUUUGAGCUUCUUGAGAUGCUUAAAGCCCACAAAAAGGGAAUUCGUCGGGCUACAGUGAACACUUUUGGGUACAUUGCAAAAGCUAUUGGACCACAAGACGUUCUGGCAACCUUGUUGAACAAUCUCAAGGUUCAGGAGCGCCAGAAUCGCGUGUGCACAACUGUGGCAAUUGCCAUAGUUGCGGAAACUUGUUCACCCUUCACGGUUUUACCUGCCUUGAUGAAUGAGUAUCGUGUUCCUGAGCUAAAUGUGCAGAAUGGUGUUCUGAAAUCCCUUUCCUUUCUUUUCGAGUAUAUUGGUGAAAUGGGUAAAGAUUACAUAUAUGCUGUGACUCCAUUACUUGUAGAUGCUCUUAUGGAUAGGGAUGUGGUUCACAGGCAGACCGCUGCAUCAGCCGUCAAGCACAUGGCUUUGGGUGUGGCUGGUCUGGGAUGUGAGGAUGCUUUGGUUCACUUGAUGAACUACGUCUGGCCCAACAUAUUUGAGACUUCACCGCAUGUCAUAAAUGCUGUCAUGGAAGCCAUUGAGGGGAUGAGGGUUGCAUUAGGCGCGGCUGUUGUACUUAACUACACUCUACAGGGGUUGUUUCAUCCAGCAAGAAAGGUUAGACAAGUAUACUGGAAGUUCUACAACUCACUCUACAUUGGCGCUCAAGAUGCACUCGUGGCUGCUUAUCCUAGACUUGAUGAUGAGGAGCGGAACAUUUACAGUAGGACAGAAUUGAGUAUGUUUGUGUAAUUCCAGAAUUGUUUUUUACUUACUGACAGGUAAACUUUUAUGG